AUGGGCAAGCUUGACAGAAAAAUCGCGCUCAUUACUGGUGCUUCUGAAGGUAUUGGUUUGGCCAUUGCACAGCGAUUCAUCACUGAAGGUGCAGAACAUGUUUUCAUCACUGGACGUCGACAGGAAGCGCUCGAUGAAGCCGUGAAAAAUAUCGGUAGUACUAAUGUGACCGCAGUGCAGGGUGAUGUAUCGAAUAUGGCCGAUCUCGACAAUCUGUAUAACAUCGUUCAGAAAGAAAAAGGUCGUCUGGAUAUCGUCGUUGCUAAUGCAGGUGUCAGUCUGAUUGCCCCACUUGAGUCAAUUACCGAAAAACAAUUUGAUGAUGUAUUCAACAUCAAUGUGAAAGGAGUAUUGUUUACCGUUCAAAAAGCCUUGCCAAUAUUGAUUGAUGGUGGAUCAAUCAUUCUUAUUGGAUCUGUCUCUUCUAUCAAAGGUCAUCCAACUGCAAGCAUCUACAGUGCAUCGAAAGCAGCUAUUCGUUCUUUUGUCCGAUGUUGGGUGGUCGAUUUAAAAGAACGCAAGAUCCGAGUCAAUACUUUGAGUCCAGGAUCAACCGAAACAACAAUGUUCAGAGAUGUAGCUACUAGUGAAGUGACAAAGACAACUUUUAUCACCGAUAUUAUAGCUACUGUACCAAUGGAUCGGAUCGGCACGCCAGAUGAAACUGCAAAAGCUGCAGUCUUUCUUGCUUCGGACGAUAGCAGUUAUGUCACAGGUAUCGAACUUUUUGUCGAUGGAGGAAGAGGACAAAUCUGA